CAUUGGAAAUUCCCAAAGUAUCAGACACCUCUAUAAAUACGGUCAAGCCACUGGGGUAGACACUUCCAUCCCAUUAUCCAAAUCCAAAUUCUUCUUCUAGACAAGCAAGAGGAUCAGUCCAGAGAGAGAAGAAAGAUGAAGACUUUAGCGGUUGUUCUGGUGCUUGCAUUGGCCUUCAGCUUUGGAGAAGCUCUGAGGUGCAACCGGUGUAUCGGUAGAGGCUGUUCCAACACCGUGGAGACGUGCAGCGGACCCAACGACGUCUGCGCAAAUGUGAUCUUCCUACCUCCCGCCCCCAUCAAUUACUUCAGACGUUGCAUGAAGGCGUCCGACUGCUUCCUGAUGCAAUCUCAGCCCACACUUAUGACGGGCAGAUGCUGUGGGACAGACCUCUGCAACUAAAGCAGAGCUGGGGUCGGAGGUCAUCAAGGUUACAUCUCUACCAGGGCUAUUCCCAUUUUGAAAUGGGCCAUUUCCCUUUCUGUACCAUCUGUAGGCAGGAGGUGAAUUGACACGCAUCACAAUAAAGCUGAUUUGUAAAUAUGAAUUUACUGCCUCUAAGACUCUUCUUUCUUUGUUUGUUGUAUAACACCUUGUGUAAUUCCUUGUUUAUUUGCAAUGAAUUUUAACAAGAAGAGAAAUUGACAUGUAAAGUGGGAGUAGGCCCGUUACGUUAAGGCAGGGGACAGGAACCCUCUAAGACCGUAGAGCCUCCCAAUGUAUGAACUUGAAAUUGUUCUUAGAAGGGCUGACUUGCAAGUUUACGGAAUUAUAAUGUAAACUUUUUAGGGAAGACAUUCAUUCAUUGCAAAUGAGACAAGAUUAUUUAGAUGGGAAGAAUGAUUCACUGCAGAUGAAGGUAUUAUAAUAAAUAGAUUUUGUCCAGGACAUUUAUAUAACAUAAAUGAUGCAAAAAAUGUUGUUUGAAAUGAUUUUUUUUUGUUGUUUGUUGUUUUUUGCUAUUUAUUUAAUCAUUUAAAGAGUAUGGCUCUAGAGCACUAGAUUACUGCUCCCCGAGUUAGAACAAAGAGGGGAUAAGAUUAAAAUGGUGGCAUUCAAGAUAAGUUAAGUUAAGGUCAAGAACAGGACAGAGUCUUUCUCCAGAAAUUGGAAACCUGUUGGACAGUCUCGCCGACUACCGUUAAACAUUGAAGAAGUGUGCUGACAGUUUAUCCCCCUGUCCCACCUCAGCUGCCUGCGGUCAUAUUACCUUGGCUAUAAUAUCACGUCUCUCUAUGGAUUGUGUUCCCCAAUUGUGCAUGCGCAUUUAAUUUAUUCACAAACAAACACCGUGGUAACCUUCCACAAGCCGGGAAUAUCAAACUGUUUAUUGCCUUGCCUUGAGGUGAUUAUUCAGUUUAUUCUACUUCUCACCCGGCCAACAUAAUAAAACAAUCCAAAUACUUUAAAAAUGAGCCUUUUUCUUAUUCGUAUCUCGCUUGCAAAACUAUGUAUCGACUGACCCUCUGAUAGAUUUCCGACACAUUUUAGAAACUUUUUUAGGUUUAUUUUUACAAUGGACCUCAUGUUUGAAAUGUAUGUGAUAGAAAACGAUACAAGCAGCGUAUUGAUCUACUGUGCUCAGUCAGCAGCAAGUAGAACCGACAAGUCAGCGGGCAAUAUGCCAGAUUAAUGCACCCCUCCCAGCCAAUCAGAAUAUAGCAUUCUUAAAUGAAGUAGAAUAAUUGGGACUAAUCACUGUCUUCUAUCGCUGACCAGCUCCAACGCUGAAACCUUCAUUGAUGAAGACAAGGUCGUUGAUACCAUAAACCAAAGUGACUCAGCUUAGUCUAUUUUAUGACCUAUCACUCACACUUUGUCAGAACAACAUUUAAGCGUGAUGCUCACAGACAUCCAAGACUCUUUGGUUGAUUAUUUGAUGUGUGUGUUGAUAGGUUGCUCCUGAGCCUGAAGUCCAGAUCCUGUCCAUUUCAAGUCCUAUAUGUUGUCGUCUUUGCCUUCUUGAUUGAGAUAUCUAUUGAGAUGGCAAAUCAUGAUUUGGGGAAAUUGUGUAAUUGUUUCACUGUUUUCUGUUUAUUAAUUAUAUUCCUUUAUAUAUUGCUUUGUAUAUUUUACGAAGCAAAGUCAACAUUAUGGUGCAGACACCACGCAUGGCAGUGGACAUGGUUAGCAUGGAGGUUGGUGUGGGUGACUGUUACAGUGCACUUGUGUCCUCAGAUGGGCACGUUGAACCAGGACGUCUCCCAGCUCAGCAAGGACCUCCACCACAUCAUGCUCCUCCUCCAGCUCCAGGUGACCGCCCACCACCACGGCCCGGCCCUCUGCUCCCAGUCCCACCCCCUCCAGACCGCCCCCACCCCAGCCUCGGGUCAUCCCUGCGGCCUGUCCCACGGGCCCCUACCCAGCAUGCACCUCCACCGCGUGUCUGGCAGCGUGGAGAGCCUCAGCCACCUGGGGCCCCUACCGCCACCCAUGGCCCAGCGGGGCGUCGACGGGGCCAACGGGCCCCUCUACCAGUCCCGGUCGGCCAGCCCUGGAGCCGCUAACAUCUUCCACCCCCGUCCCGUGGACUCCGAGGAAGCCCGCCCCGGCCCCCCGGCUCCAUGGAGCCAUGGCCCGCCGUCCCGGCUGGGCUUCGGCCCGGCCUUCCAGUGCGGGAACCCGGGCCCGGCGUCCCAUCCUGGGCACGGAGAGCCGGAGAGCCGGCCUCUGAGCACCAGCCCCAUGAACAUCAGCCAGUCCCAGCCGUCCCUGUUCCUGCAGUACGCGGGGGGCGGAGGCGGCGGCGGGGCUCUGGGGGAAUUCUCCUGUCUGUUAUCCAGCGCCCCCACGUCCACCUCCAGCCUGCUCGCCCCUCCCUCCAGCCCCUUCCACCCGCCCCCCCACCACCAGCACCACCCGCCUCCCCCGCACAGCCAGCCCUGUGCUGCGGGCCCACACGGGGAGCUCCCCGCCCUCGCCCCCCCCGACCCCUACAACGGCAGUACCGUCCCGUCGCAGGCCUCCGGCUGCCUCCGCAGGGACAACGCGCACCCCUUCGCCCCCCACUCCUCCUCCCGCUCCUCCUCCCAUUCCUCCUCCUCCUCCUCCGUCAGCGCCUCCCCGCCCCCCGCGUUCUCGGGGGAGGUCCCCGUGGGUUCCCCGGGCGCGGAGCCUCGGGGCCGGGACCCUCUGGGGGCCCUAGACGCCCUGAACGGCCCCGGGCCCCUGGGCGACUCCGGCGGCGUGGGCCACACCAGCCUGGAGAGCCUGCUGGGGGGCUGCGGGGGCUCCACGGAGAGCGCCUCGUCGCGCCGCUCCAGCGCCGACCUCCAGACGCAGAGCACGGAACAGUCGUGGUCGCUGGACCUCACGGACUAGGUUUCCCUGGCAACGGCAGCGAGGGACCUUGAAACCCUGCGGAGGGCACGGCGGUGGUUGCCGGAGGGGCCGCCGAGCCUGGGGGGAGACGAUCCUACUUGUCAGUGUUUUAAUGGGUUUUUCCUGGAGGUUGGGGGCGCGCUACUUACUGUGUCCUGUAGUGGGGGCUGUUGGGGCUUUAUUGGCCGCUCUUCUAUGCAAAGUCAAGUCCUUCGUGCAUUGGAUUCUCUUUUGUUAAUUUUGAAUCAUUCGUUUUUCAUUUGUAUGUGAUAUGAAUAUGCAGCAUAUCAUUUACAGAACUCUAAUUUUUAGGUUCCUGGAAAAUACUACAUUUUAGGAAACCCUCUUCAGAGCAUGAAUCUGUCUUUUAUUUAGAGAAAAUCAGCACAAAAUGAAUUUUUGUGGUGAUUUUUUUCAGGAUAUCGGAAUGGCUAUGAAUGAGUAUUCAACUUGCAUGAUACGCCAAUUAAAUUACUAUUUAUUUAUUUAUUGGUUGAAGAACGCUUGUAGUUGGUACAAGCAUUGAUAUACAGUAGUUAGUACAUGAAUUCCAUAAAAAAAGGUAUUAUUCUAAACAUUUAGCAUUACAUGAAUUCACACACACUCUCCAGCUCUACAAAAGCUUGUUCUACUACUCAUUAUCCUGAUUUAUGUUGAUAACUUGAUGUUAAAACGCUGUUACCUCCUUGCAUGGUAAAGUUGUUGAUUUCUGUUUCCUAAGGAAAAGGCAUCCAAAGUAAUGUGUAAGCAUUCUCUAUGAUCACCUGUAUGUACUGUAGACAGAGGCCACAGGCGACAGAGCCAGAGGGUACUCUGUAGUAAAGCACGUGAUGUGGAGUGUUCACCGCACGGCAUAGAUUGUACUUCUGUUUUAGCUGCUACCUCUCUUCUUUUGGAUUCGGAAACCCAUUGGUUCUUGAACUACAUUUUCUAAACCUAUUCUGCAAUUGUAAAAAUGAUAUUGUUUAGUCAUCCCUAUCCACAGUCCAAGUGUGUGUGUGUGUGUGUGCGUGUUUGUAUGUGUAUAUAUAUAUAUAAAAAGAUAUCUAUGUAGAUGUCUAUAUAUAUAAUCUAUGAAGGAUUUCUCAAAAGCACACAAAGCGCCUGUUAUUUUUAAUCACACACACACACAACAUACAACACCACACACAUAAGCACAUUUAUACAUAGAAACACAUAUGUGCAUCCAUAUGUAGAUACUUUUUGCCGUUUAAUUAUUUACAUUCUAUUCAAAAUAUCAAUGCAUCCUGAUAGAAAGUAUCAAUGAAUCACACAAGCCGUGGAAGAUACACAGUAUUGGGAGUCAUUGUUGGGAUGGAAAUAAUUUCUCCAAAUGAUAAAAAAUAAAGAGUUGCUGAGGAUAUAAUGUGUGUUGUUUCUCUUGGAUUCCCAAAGAAUAACAUCAAUAUACAGGUAUCAAAUAUCUACUCAUAAGAUAAUGAACAAAGUUAAGGUUUGUCAUGACUACUGCGAUGACGUUCAGGCUGCCUGUACCCGGGAACAGUGGAAGCCAGGUAGAGAAUCGUGCUACUGGAUCCACUUCUUUGUGGCGGUUGAGUCCUUAGGCGACUGACCCUGUAUCUGGGCCUGGACCUACAUUGGUCGUGGGCCCACCACUCACGACGGGUCGGAGGAGAUGAGGUUCAUCGGCCGAGGCAGAGGAGACUGGAUCUACAGACGUGGCUGCUAAAACCAGACAUCAACCACAGUCCACAUGCCCUUUUCGGGUUUCGGUUGCCAGUCCAGAGUAUCAGACUUCCUCAUCCCACUGGAGGGAAUAACUGAGAAACCUGGAACGCCUCAUCUGUAUCUGAAUCUCUUACCUUUGUUUGUUUUUUAAUCUAUAAUCUAAUAAUCCAGUUUCCUGGCUCGAUUGUGAUAAUAACAGUAUUUACAAUCAUAAUCGUAGCUAAGAGAGGGUUUACCCUAGGAAAUUGACCAAUUUACGAUCUUUAUCGCAAAAAAAUUGCCUCAUGGUGCAAUUGCGAUUGAUUGGCUCGUGUCAUUCAACUCUAUUUGCCUGAAUUUAAAAUAUAUUUUGAAUUGGAGUUGCUAAUUUUGGAGACUUUGCCUAAACUUAGCGCUACUCCAAUCUCUUAUUAUUUUCAAGUCUUGACCCAGGUAAACCAAUUGAAACAAACGAAGAUAAAACCUUUUGUUUCCUCAGAUUUUCAUUAUUUUGCUUUACUACAUGCCCUUGAACCACUGCACUGUGGGUUUAGGCAAGGCAAGGCAAGGCAUAUUUAUUUGUAUAGCACAUUUCAUACACGUGGCAUUUCAAUGUGCUUCACACAAAAGAAAAAUGAAAAAGAAAAUGAAUAAAUAAAAUAAAGAUACAAAUUUGGAACCAUACACAAUUUUAGCAAAAGUAAAAUGUAAAAUAUACAUGGAAUACCAACAGCAAAGAGCGAAUUUAAAAGUAAAAGAGAAAAUAGAAAAGAUACAUAAAAACAAUGUGCAUUAACUGCUGAAAGCAUCUAAAAAGAGUUUGGUCUUAACUCUUGUUUUAAAAAUGGUGACAGUGGGGGAGUUUUUGAUGGUCUCUGGAAGCUGGUUCCAGAGAUGGACACCAUAGUGGCUAAAAGCUGCUUCACCCUGCUUUGUUCUGACGGUCGGUUUCAGUAGUAAUUGUUUAUGUUGUGAUCUUAGGGACCUUAUUUGGGAAUAUUGCUUAAACAUGUCAUGUCAGUAGUUUGGCCCAACCCCCUUCAAAGACUUAAAAACAAGCAGAAGUGCUUUAAAAUCAAUUCUGUAACUAAUUGGGACACAUGAAUAAUUGAAAUGGGACAAUCUACAAAAACUAUUCGUUUUCUAAGUCAAGAAAACGGUACAAUUCAAGUAAGCUUGUUGGUGACUUGUCUUUCAUUAUUUAGUAUACUUUGCCAUUCUCAAUAUUAAGGGGUUAAAACACUGGAUAGCAAUUUCUUAGCUGUAUGACAUUGGUGGAGAAUGAUGAAUGCAUAAACAUAAAGUGAGGAUUCUAAUUUCAACUGAAUAUUUAUACUAAGACAUAUCCUCAGGUAUACACAGUAAUCAUAGCUGACAUUCUCAACAGUGUGGAGUAAAUAGGGAAUGCUUGUGUACAGUGCCAAGAAUCUGGUGCUACGGAUCUUUUAGUCCACAUAUGGAGUUCCUCAGGUAUUCAUUCUAGUGCCUCUGUUAUUUAACCUCUACAUGCUCCCCCUAGGCCAAAUAUUUCAAGAGUUUAACAUAACAUGCCACAGCUAUGCAGAUAACACCAAGAUUUACCUUGCAUUAUCACCUAAUGACUUUGGUCCAAUUGACCCUUUAUGCCUGUGCAUUGAAAAAGUAAAUAGCUGGAUGCAAAAUAGUUUCUUAGAAUUAAUUAAAGAUAAAACUGAGAUAGUUGUAUUUGGGAAUAAAGAAGGGAGACUGAGGCUCAGUGCUUACUUAGAGUCUAAAAGUCUUCAGACAAAAACCCAUGUAAAGAAUCUUGGUGUUAUCUUGAAUGCGGAUCUUAUUUUUUGUGAUCAUAUAAAAGCCACAACUAAAACAGCCUUCUGGUACCUAAGAAAUAUUGAAAAGAUCAGAGAUUUCGUAUCUCAGCAGGACUUAGAGAAGCUCAUGCAUGCAUUUGUAUCAUCCAGGCUUGACUAUUGCAAUGCCCUCCUCACUGGCCUCCCCAAAAGGUCAAUCAAGCAGCUGCAAUUAAUUCAAAAUGCUGCUGCCAGAACUUUAACAAAAUCCAAAAGCGAGAACACAUCACAGCAAUCCUCAAGUCUUUGCAUUGGCUUCCAGUACAAUUCAGAAUUGAGUCAGCUGGUUGUGCCUAGGGUCAGGUCUAAGCAGGGUGAAAAGGCAUAUAUUUUUUUUAACCUUUGUUUCUCCAGAUAAAACAUUAAGAACUGUUUCUUAUUUACAAUAUUGAUUGAGCAUUUAGCCGUUAUGCUGUCCACUGUUGGAACCAACUACCAACAGAAUGUAGCCUGCUCCAACUGUAACUUCUUUGAAAAAUAAAUUAAACCCCCAUUUACUUUCUAUUGCUUUCAAUUAAUCUUGUUUUGUUUUGUUUUAUUCUGUUGUAACUUGAAUAUUUUUGUAUUUGUUUAUUCAUAUAUGAAUACUAUAUUUCAUUUCAUUUUUUAAUUUUUUUUUAAAGCACGUUGAAUAACCACUGUGUCUGAUACUGUGCUAUAUAAAUAAAUUGGACUUUGACUUUGACAAAUAAUUGAAUGUUGACAUAACGGGUUUAAACACAUCCUCUCUGCAAAGAAACCAAACGGCUACUAUCCAUCACUCUGUAGUCUGUAUGCAGCAAGGUCCAAGACAGAUUUGACCUUGACAUUUGGACAAUAUAGAUGUUUUCCAUGACAAGGUACAUCAUGCUUUACAUUGUAAUGACUCAUUUUCAACACUUCUCGAUAUGAAAGCAUCAAUAAAUCACAAUAGCCGUGUAUCCCACACCGUUUUGGAAAUCCUUUCUCCAAAGAAUACAAAUAAAGGUUGGUUAUCAUCAAUGCCCAAAUAAUAAUUCUCUCACUCCAUCGAAUAUGUAUAAACAUAAGGAAUGUAAAUCUCUAGAGAUGUAAUAUUUAUAUCAAAACAAAAUGUGUGAUUUUAUUAUCUUCAACGAUUACUGGAAACUUCUAUUUGGCCUCCUAAGUCCAUUGUGUCAUCACUGUUUAACUAUUAACACACAAUUGUUGCAUAAUAAUGGACAUUUGAUUGACAUAGGCUUGUGUGCACGUUGUAAACACACGCAUAUUGGGUGUUUGGGCUGAAUAUGCUCAUGUGUAUGUUGUCCACACAUUUGAUUCAUUUGACCAUGUCUUAGUUAGUCCAAGCGAAUAGCCAAACAAGAGAUAGUAACAAAAAACUUUUCAUGGAAUACCAUAUGAUGUGUGAUACUGACUCUAGAAUCUAGAACAGGGGUAUUCAAUACAAAUAAUUCUCAAUCAAUCCAGAUAGAACAACAUCUGAGUCACUUUCUAUUAGUCACCUCUGAUCUAGAACAUGGGAAGAAUAACAGUUGCGUGAGGACAAAGUGAGGAAUGUCCCUGCUGUUGCGACAUUGGAAAUUCCCAAAGUAUCAGACACCUCUAUAAAUACGGUCAAGCCACUGGGGUAGACACUUCCAUCCCAUUAUCCAAAUCCAAAUUCUUCUUCUAGACAAGCAAGAGGAUCAGUCCAGAGGGAGAAGAAAGAUGAAGACUUUACCGGUUGUUCUGGUGCUUGCAUUGGCCUUCAGCUUUGGAGAAGCUCUGAGGUGCAACCGGUGUCUCAGAAGAGGCUGUACCAACAGGGUUGAGACGUGCAGCGGACCCAACGACGUCUGCGCAUAUGUGAUCUUCCUACCUCUCGCCACCAACGAUUACUUCAGACGUUGCAUGAAGGAGUCCGACUGCUCCCAGUUGCAAUCUAAGCCCAGACUUAUGACGGUCAGCUGCUGUCAGAAUGACCUCUGCAACUAAAGCAGAGCUGGGGUCGGAGGUCAUCAAGGUUACAUCUCUACCAGGGCUAUUCCCAUUUUGAAAUGGGCCAUUUCUCUUUCUCUACCAUUUGUAGGCAGGAGGUGGAUUGACACGCAUCACAAUAAAGCUGAUUUGUAAAUAUGAA